GGCCCCCCCCCGGCUGCUGGACUCGCGCGAGGGGCAGAACUCCUCUGAACGGGGCGGCGCAGCCAGGGAAGGACUCGUAUGAGCCAAGAGGCGUCACGUGUGGGGCAUCACGUGACUGGCGUCCGCCCCGCCCUGGACGAGCUGUCGGUCACGUGGCAGGGAGGGGCCACGUAUAAUGAUUUGCAUGUGUUCGAGCUUCAAGAGCCGACAAGAGUCAUUGAAUGGAUAGGAGAAAAAAGUGUCUGUGUAGCGGGAUAUGAAAACUCCAGAAGAAAUGAAAUUCUUCAGCUCCUGUUGCCUCAAAAACUGUGUGUGAAAGAGAAGCAGGGUUUGUGUCCCGAGAGAGAUUUCAAGGUGGAGCGUGGUGGAUUUUCCGACCGCCCUGUGUACAGCCUGCGGCAUGUGCCAGACACCAGCUUGCUGGUAACAAGUGGCCCGCCAGAUAGUUCCCUACAGGUGUGGCAGUUGGCAGCGGAGGACACUGGUGUUAUUAAAUCUGUAAGUACCAUCCCUACGGGAAAUGACAGCAAGAAACCCUGGGCUAAAAUUGCAACCACUUUGGCCAGAACCUCCUGUGUCCUUCAUGGGUCAAGAGUCAACAAUGUCCAAAUUACAGAGAUUGAAUCAAAGAAAAACAUCUACACAGCAGAUCCAACACCCAAGGGACAACACUUGUAUUGCCAGUCCCAGUGGCUUUCACAUGUCCAGCAGCUGGGGCUGGUUGUACUGGGGGCAUUGGGAAGUGCAGCCUCUAGUAACAGCAAUGAGGUCAGCGGCCUGGAAUUCCUGGACUGUAAUACUUGGCUGGCCUGCUGCGUGAAGGGGCAGUUGUGCCUGGCAGAUGUUCGACAGCCGCAGAGUCCCCUGGGUGAUACGUCUGUUCCUUCGGCACUCAGUGGGGAGCAGUGGUGCAUGGGUGUCAGUUCUGGUCUGCAGGGCUCUGAUGUGAAUGCACCCACCAUAGCCCGCCUCUCGUCUGGAGGACAGCUCACAUUAACGGACUUGAGAAAUAUCCCAAAGCCUCUGAAAUCGGCCAGGUGCAAAGUUUCUGCAGCCAGCCAAAGUGCAGAGUUCCUGUGCGUCUCGUGGGCUCCUGUUCUGGACGGAUGCCUCGCCGUUUCAGGCUUCAAUGGGACCGUUCACAUCUAUGACACACGGAGCUGGCCUGUGUCUGGUGGAGAGGCAGAGUCAGUGUUUAGUCACAAAGGACACAUCUUCAGUGGCAUGGACAACAGCAGUGACUUUCCUCUGGUUACAACACAUGCCUGGCAUCCGUGGAAACCAAGAAUGCUGUUAUCAGCAGCAAGUGAUGGCUCCCUGCAUGUCUGGGACUGGGCAGAGUCUCACAAGGACAGUUGAUCUGUCUUCCUGUUAUGAAAACUCAGACUGAUUUUUUUUUCUGAAAUCUGCUGCCCUUGCACGUGUAACCCUGUGUAUAAGGGACGCUCUAGACUGAAGAUCAUUGUUCGGAAUAAGUUUUACACUCUGGAUUAUUUAAAACAGUAUGAAUUUUAAACAUCUAUUUCAUUUGU